AGUAGUCCACUAAACUAGUACCAGUAGUUCAGUACCAAACAACACUUAAAUUUAUUAAUUUUAUUAACUCUAUAAAAAACAACAAUCAAAUUAAAAAAAUGACAAUAUUACCCCUAUUCACCCACCAUUUCCUCAACUAAUAAGAUAUUAAAAUGAAAACCCCUGUAAUUUUUCCCAAUCCAUAGCCCCCCUUAAACCCUUCUUCCUCUUGAACCUUAUUUCACCACUUGAAAAACAAAAUAAAUCCAAAAUUAAAAAUAUCAAAAAAGUUUUAGAGAGAGAAAGUCAAGCUUAUAAUUUUUUAUAGAGAGAGAAAGUUAGAAAAUUGGGGUUGGAGGAAAAAGACAAAAAUGGAUCCGCAUACUCAGAGGGCGGAGGCGGAGCGGUGGUUAGGGAUUGCGGCGAAGUUACUGACGGCGCGUGACUUUCUAGGGAGUAAGACAUUCGCGAUCCGAGCGCGUGAAGCUGACCCUAACAACGCUGUUUCCGACCAGAUACUGGCCGUCGUUGACACCGUACUCGCCGGCGAGAAGCGCGUGAACUCCAACCAGCAACCGGACUGGUAUGCGGUGCUUCAGUUGCCGAGGCUUGUUAGAGACCCUGAGUUGAUCGCCGACCAUUACCGACGGCUUGUGCUGUGUUUGAAUCCCGAGAGGAAUAGGUUUCCGUUUGCGGAUUACGCGUUGCAGAUGGUGAUGGACGCGUGGUCUGUGUUGUCGGAUCCUACGAAGAAAUGGCUGUUUGAUAACGAGCUCGCGCUGUAUUUGCAGCAGGGCGAGCCUGUUGUUAGUGCUGCGGCGGCGGCAGCGGUUGGGGGUUCUGCUUCGGGUAGUGCUGCUGCUGCUGUUGCUGCUGGUGGUGGUGGAAAUAGUGGAGGGAGUCAGUUGAAUACUUUUCAGUUUUUUCAACCCCAACCGCUGCCGCCGCAGCAGCAGCCACCACAGCAACAGCAGCAGCAGCCACAACAACAUCAUCAACAGCAUCAUCAUCAGCAGCAGCCGAUGUGGCAGCAACAACAGCAACAUCAGCAGCAGCAACAACAACAGCAAAUUAAUCAGAGAGAGUUUAUGCCGCUUCCGAUUCAACCGCAGCAACAGCAGCAGCAGCCGCAGCAACAGCAGCAGCAGCCGCAGCAACUUCGGCCUCAGUGGCAGAUGCGAGACCCAACUCCUUCCAAAGGAGGAGGUGGAGGUGGAGGAGGAGAGAGAAAUAAAGGGGUUAUGAAUGGGAUUGGAAUUGGGGCGAGAGUAACAACAACUGCAUCUCCGAUGAUACCGACGCAAACUACUCCUCGACAAGUUCCACCAUUCCGGCCACCAUCACCGCCACUUCCACCCGUAUCCGCGGCACGAGUAUCGCCGCCACUGCCGUCUGUAUCGGCGGUGAGAGUAGCGGUACCAACGGCGAUUCCUAUUGUUGAUGGUAAUGCUGGAAAUGCUCCUACUAGUGCUAAUGUUAUUAGUAAUAGUGUUAAUGAUAAUAAUAAUAAUGAUAGUAAUAUUAAUGGUGCUGGUACAAAUGCUGCUGCUGCUGCUAAUAAUAAUGAGAAUAAUCAUGAACAUGUUGUAGAAGAGGAUGAUGAUGAUGAAGAUGAUGAUGUUGUAGAAGAUGUAGAAAGUUUUUGGACAGCUUGCCCUUACUGUUUUUACAUAUUUGAGUAUCCAAAAGUGUAUCAGGAGUGUACUCUUAGGUGUCAGAAUUGUAGGAAGGGGUUUCAUGCUGUACAGAUUCCGAAUCCCCCUCCGAUUAGUCCUGCUAAUAAUGCUGGUGGUGGGAAGGAGAAGGAGAAGGAGAAGGAGAAAGGCAAGGAUAAUUCGUUCUGCUGUUGGGGUUUUUUCCCAUUAGGGUUUUCGAUCACAGCUUGGAAGAAGCAAAAUCAGGGUGGGAACUUGAAUGGGGCGUCGAAUUGGAUGCCCUUUUCGCCAAUGUUUACUUGCCCGGUUGAAAAUGGUGGUAAGGGUUUCCAGUGGUUUGACAAUAAUGAUGGCAAUGCCAAUGUUGGUCCAAAGAAUGUUGUGACAAAGAAUACUCCUCGAGUUUAUAUAGAUGAUGAUGAUAUUCUUGAGCUUUCUGAACCUAGUGAUUUGGAUUCAUCUGAUGGUGAUUGGAGAACUUAUAAUCAGGAAAAGAAUAAGACUAAGACGAAGAAUAAGAAGAGGAGAGGGAGAAGUGGGGUACAAAGGCGAGGUAGACCGCGCAGAGGAGCUGUGUUAAAUCAAGUGAAACAAAAUGUAGCUAGUGGAGGUGGAGUGUCUGUUGGUGGUGAUCAUCUGGAAGAUGGUUCUGAGGGGCAAGUUGUUAUCGGUUUGACUGCUGAUAGAUCUGAUACAGGCAAGACAGUUACUGCUUCCGUUACCAGGAAGCAGACUAGGAGAAGUAAGAAGGAUGUGGGGAGGUUAGAUCUGAAUGUGGAAUUCAACAAUGAUGGUGAAGAGCAUGCCCCUACAGUAAGUGCAGUAAAUGGGGAAGAGGAUGGGAUCGAAAAUAUUGCAUUUUUUGAGGGACUUGAUGAAUUUCUAAGUACAUUGCCCAUACUAAAUGUUGGCGGGGAUGAAAAGGCUAAACCUUCUUAGCAAGACCGAUCCUCUACUCCAAUUCAGAUGCCCCUGAUUGUUCUUUUUUGCUGUUUUUGUAUGCAGGUAGCUAGUCUUGAUGUAUGUAGAGCAGCUAGGAUUUCUUUAAAGCUUUUUCCUGGCUGCCAUUAUCUAGUAUGUAAUUUUCAGGAAUUUGAUCAUCAGGUCUAGUUUUCUUUUGUUGUUAGAAUCCUCCUCUGUAGAUUAUCCUGCUGUCAUGAAUAAUUUCUUGAUGUUAAUUUUGGUACAUUUAUGGGAUAAGCAGGGUAAAGCUUGAAACUCUUCUGUAUAUAAACCAUCAUUUUGUA